CGCUAUGAAGAAUUUUUCAGUUCCUGUGCAAGCUAAUGAAUAUCAGUCUGAAAGUCUUUUUCCUCAGCUUAUCCUGAAUCUGACAAAUAAGUCAGAUCCAGUUGGAAGACAAGAAAGAGAUGAGCAAUUAGCUCAGUUAGAGAUUGCUGUGUUGGGAGUAAUAUUUAUGACAGCAUCUGUGGGCAAUUUUAUUCUCAUAUUGGUACUGUGGAGGAGAAGAAAGAAGUUAUCUAGGAUGUAUGUAUUCAUGCUUCACCUGAGCAUAGCAGACUUAGUGGUAGCAUUUUUUCAAGUACUUCCCCAACUAAUAUGGGAUAUUACAGACAUUUUCAUAGGGCCAGAUGCAUUAUGCAGAACUAUCAAAUAUUUGCAGUUGUUGGGCAUGUUUGCCUCUACUUAUAUGAUAGUGGUCAUGACAGUGGACAGAUAUCAAGCAGUAUGCUAUCCCAUGGUCACUUUCCAAAAGAAAAGGGCUCUUUGGAAUGCUGCCAUUUGCACCAGCUGGUCUAUAUCACUGCUUUUUAGUCUUCCACAAGUAUUUAUCUUUUCCAAGACUGAAAUAUCUCCAGAUAUUUUUGAAUGCUGGGGUGAGUUCAUCCAACCUUGGGGCUUAAAGGCAUAUGUGACUUGGAUUUUUGUAGCUAUUUUCUUCAUUCCCACAGCUAUCCUUACCAUAUGCCAGGUUAAGAUCUGCAAAAUAAUACUAAUGAACAUAUAUGUGAAAAAAAGGAAUGAAUCUGAAGCAAUAAAUCAGAAGCAAGUCCUGCCAUUCCAAGCAAGCAGUAUUAACUGUAUUUCAAAGGCUAUGAUCAAGACUGUAAAAAUGACAGUGGUGACAGUUAUUGCAUAUGUCCUUUGUUGGGCACCUUUCUUCAUUGUACAGUUGUGGUCUGUAUGGUACCCCAGUGGCAUUACUGAAGGUGCAGCAUUUACCAUCAUCAUGCUCCUGGGGAAUUUGAAUAGUUGUGCCAAUCCGUGGAUUUACAUGUAUUUUUGUGGCCACAUUCCAUAUUGUGCCAAAAAGCAGUCAAAAAACAUCUCAGCUCAGGAAGAAUCUGUGAUCACAGGAAGCAUUAAUUUGGUAGACAGGGAACCAGAAGAAAACCUAACUUGUGUAUAAAUAUAAACUUCUUUUUGUUGCUUUGAUACAUUAAUUACAUUCAACUUUUAUGUGAAUAUUUUAUCUCUAUCUUUUGUUAUCUGAGGAAUGGAGUGAGUUGAAAAAUUGUCCUUCACUGUAUAAAUAUAUUUUUCUUAAAUAUUGUAGCAUGCACUGCAUUGCAAGAAUUCCAGUGUUGUGUAAGCCUGACUUUUAACAGUUGCAUUGCACUAUAACAUUCAAAUGAAUUCAUAUAACUAUUGGCAAAGAUAUGUAGAGCUAUUUUAUAUACUUCAUUUCUGUCUACAAAAACUGCUUUCUGUUCUCUAAUUUUGGAUUGCCAAAAGAUUUCUACAAGAGUGAUGACAAACUGUGAUAUUGUUGAAAAGGAGAAUCCUAUCAUUAGAUUUGAAUGUGUGAUGUGGAAAUAGAAGCAUGAAUAGUUCAGGAAAAAUUUGGGGGAAAUAUUUGAGAAACCUUGAGAAGGCAUCAGAAAGUCACUAAAACCCUCUGUCAGCUUUAAUUAAACACUUUAUAAAAAUGUGUCUGCCCUGGGGAGUUAAAUGUCACAGAGUCUUUAUACAUUGCUCUUGCAACUCUGGACAUCUUGGGUCACAAGUGCUCAGGCACUAUGGUAAUGUUCCAGUAUAAGGAGAAUGGUGGCCUCAUUGUAGUUCCCAUUUAUAUAUAAUACAAAAGAACCACAUAGGACUAGAUUCUCUAUCAAGUCGCCUGGUGCAAAGACAGGUUUGCAGUGAAUUUGCACCCUAUCUAAACAGACACAGUGGGUGACUUUGAGCCAUUUUUGAAUUCUGCAUAUAUUUGUGCAGAGUGCAUUCAGACCUGUCUGGUCUCCUAGCACCCAUCUGCUAGCACUGAAUGUGCAUCUAGGAUAGGCAGCUUGACAGGUAAUUUCUGAACCAUAUAGCACUCUAUGGGCUUAGUUGCAGAGAAAAAUUAAUAUUUCACCUUCAUGGUAGAAAGUAGUCACUUACCCAAGAUCUGCAGUAUCUUUAUCUAGAUUGCUAUUUGCUGGCUGAAAUGUGGAUACCCUAUGCAGAUAGGUAUUUCUUCCCUUUUUCAAUGUCUGCAGUCUAUUCAAGAGAGCGUGGACUGGAAUAUUAGUAGGUCUGUCACAGGCUAAGACAGAGAUGCAUUGGCAAAGGAUCUCUGGGGAUGUUUGCACAUCAUCUGCCUAUAUUAUGUCUAGCCCAAAUCAGUGCUAUUCUUCAUUUUCAUGAGUGCUAACAUUCUUAAAUGUUCAGGAAAAAAGCCUAUAAAAGUGUACUUGACAUCUGCUCUUUUAAUAUUCUAAGACAUAAAGAGAGAAAUACUCUGUAUUACACAAUCAUCAUAAGAGCUAGUGGGUAUUUUAAGCAGAAAAUGUACCAAACACUUGGACCAAAUCCUGACAAGUGCUGAUAUACAGUGAGCUGUUGUACACUGGAUUGAUGUGUGGGGUAUUGAUUGUAUUUCCCAUUAGUGACUGGCCUCAGUGACAAUAGCAAUGUACUACUUAUAAUUAGUGGUGUUCUCAUUUAUCUCAAAUUGCAGAUGCCAG